UGUGCGGAUUGGUGCAUGCGCUGGUGUACGAACCGGUGUUCGUCUGGUUCUCAAUAUUUACACUGGAGCCUCAACUUCAAAACAUGCUGUAGUCUCAAUGUGUCACGUGAUAAUGCAGCCAUGCGUCUUUUAUGCAACAUGGCGACCGGCAAAGGACUUGCAAUCGUUCUCCGACCAAAAACUAUUAAUUUAUUCAGCAACAGUAAAUUAAAUAAAUUUCCAUGUGGUAUUGUGCAAAAAUGUAGCACGUGUCACCGAUCUGUUACAACAAUAGCAUUGAAUGUCGGUAGUUGGAGCUCAAAAAAAUCAGGAAAAUAUAUGAUAGAUAAUUUAUCCAAAGUUCAAAGAGGAAUACAUACAACAAGCAAACUAUUAAAACGUAAUUAUUAUGAAAUAUUGGGUGUAUCUAAGAACGCUGCUGCAAAGGAUAUUAAAAAGGCUUACUAUCAGCUUGCUAAAAAGUACCACCCUGAUACAAAUAAAGGAGAUCCAGAUGCAAGUAGAAAGUUUCAAGAAGUUUCAGAAGCAUAUGAAGUACUAAGCGAUGAUCAGAAAAGAAAAGAGUAUGACACAUGGGGAGCCACAUCAGAACAAAUGGGGAUGGGACAGGGCCAUGGUGGUGGUGGUGGUGGUGGUGGCCAUGCUGGAGAUUUUACUGAAGGUUGGCAAUUCAGAUCAUCCAUCAACCCGGAGGAAUUAUUUAGAAAGAUAUUUGGAGAAGGUGGAUUUCAAAGUAAUAUCUUUAAUGAUUUUGAAGAUUAUCAAGAAUCAAAGUAUGGUUUUGGAGCAGCUCAAGAGGUUGUUAUGAAUUUAACAUUUUCUCAAGCUGCCAGAGGAGUGAAUAAAGAGGUUCAGUUAAAUGUAGUAGAUAAGUGUCCAAAAUGUUCAGGGUCACGAUGUGAACCAGGAACGAAAGCAGUUAAGUGCCACUAUUGUAACGGAACUGGAAUGGAAACGAUUAGUACUGGCCCUUUUGUAAUGAGAUCUACUUGUCGUUAUUGUCAUGGUAGCAGAAUGUUCAUUAAAUAUCCAUGCAUGGAAUGUCAAGCAAAAGGACAAACGGUGCAACGCAAGAAAGUAACAGUCCCUGUACCAGCUGGUGUUGAAGAUGGUCAAACUAUUCGGAUGGCUGUUGGUAAUAAAGAAAUAUUUAUAACAUUCCGUGUGGAAAAAUCGAAAUACUUUCGAAGAGAUGGUGCAGACAUACAUACGGAUGCUGAAAUUUCGUUAUCACAAGCAGUACUGGGUGGUACAAUAAGAAUAGAAGGCGUUUAUGAAGAUCAUACUAUACAAAUUCGGCCUGGUACUUCGUCCCAUACUAAAAUUCGACUUAAUAGUAAAGGAAUGAAAAAAGUAAAUGGCACAGGACAUGGAGACCAUUAUGUACACAUUAAAAUUGCUGUACCUACAAAAUUAACUGAUAAACAAUUGGCAUUACUCCAAGCUUAUGCUGAACUUGAAGAUGAUACACCUGGAACUAUAUAUAGCAUAACAUAUAAAACAGAUGGUCCAAAGGUAAAAACUCAAGCGAGACAGAAUACACAAAGUGAACCGAAUGAUGAAAAUGAUGGUCUCCUUAACAAAAUCAAGAAAGCAAUAUUUGGGUAAAAUUUGGGAACUAAACAAAGUUAUGCUGGUCCUUUGGAUUUGUUGGAAUCCAUACGAAUAGCAUUAGGUGACAAGGAUAUUUCUCAUAGAAACUCUGGGUCUUCUAACUGCGAAGGUCGAGAAGAUAAAUCUGAAGAUAAUAAUGGAAUGAAAAGCAGUAGCUCGGUAAAUGAAGAUGUUGACACAAUGAGAAGACGAAAAGUAUCUUAAAUUCAAUGACUAAAAAAUUAUUUGCAGUAUCACUAGAAGCAAUUAAACAAGAAAUAUAAAAGUAAAAGUUAUUAUCAUGUAAAGGAUUCUGAUGCAUCGAUGUUAUAAAUAUUACUUAAAUUACAAACAAAUUGACUGUAAUCCACUUUUUCAAACGUAAUUAUAUAUUGAGAACAUUGUUUAUCUGAUUAACAUAGUUUGUUAAUGUACUUGUGCAAAUGUAUUCAUACAAAGAUUAAUAGUUACCGAAGUAUCAGAAUUAAUAGAUAAUUAUAGUUAUAUUACUUGUGUAAUAAACUAUGCAAACUGUCAUAUUUCUA